CCAAUCACAAAGCUACUUCAUAUCAAGCCGCCAAUAAGAGCGAAGAGAGGGUUGGCCCGGGCUAAUUACGCCCCGCCCCAGCAGGCGGUUGCGCAGCCUCCAGUCAGCGGAGCUUGAGGAAGAAGAGAGUUGUACCUGUGGAAGAUGAAGUUCAUUUUGGGAAUUCAUCCUAAUGCACUGGCAUAUUCCAUGACUACGUUAGGUGCUGGAAUGAUGAACAGUAUCUUUAAUUUCUACUACGUUAAGCUUUUCCUAAACCGAUACAAAAUUUCAGAAGUAGCAUUUCAUCAAGCACAGGUGGUAUUUAUGAUAUGGAAUGCCGUUAAUGAUCCUCUUUUUGGGUAUAUUCAAGAUAACUCCAAAUUUGCAUGCUGCUCAAGACGCCAGUUUUCAAUUUUAUAUGGAGCUCCUUUAUAUGCGUUAGCCUUUUUGCUUCCUUGGUUUCCUUGGAAACAUUAUGAAGAAGGUGACUGGCUAAGUGGUCUUCACCUCAUUGUUGCAUUAUGUGCUUUUGAUGGUUUGCUUACAUUUGUGCUUCUAGCGCAGUGCGCGCUCUUUGCAGAAAUUUCAACAAGACAUGAAAGUAGGCUUCAGCUUAUUAAAUAUAACCAAGUAGCAACACUAAUUGGAUCAACAAGCAUUCUCUUUUGUGGUCUCAUAUCAGAUAAUAUGGAAAAUUUUGCCUGUUUUCAGGCUUUCACUGUUUUGGUCGCAGCAUUAGCAACAGCUUGUAUGUGUUACACAGGCAAAUACAGUACUAGUCAAUAUGAGCAGAGGGAAAUUUGCACAGAGAAUGCUGAUCAGGAAAACAGUGAUGGAGCUCUGUCCUUGUCCUUGGUAAUUUCAUUGACCAAACAGAUUAUGACAGAGAAAAACUUUUUAUUUUUUGUAACAAUGAAUUUCUUUCAAGUCUUCCACCUAGCCUUCUGCAACAAUUUUAUGAUGAUCUUUGCGGAUAAUCUUAUUCCCAAGGAUGUUCUUUCUUCCUUAAUAAGAAGUAUCAUGUACGGAGCAGGCUUUAUUUGUCCUCAGUGCCUUGUUCUUCUCAGUCACGCUUCAUUGAAGAAGUUUGGUUAUUACAGAAUCAUCUUGUUUUCCUUUUACUUGGAAGGAGUAGCUGCUGCUGUCAUGUUUGUUCUAGGGCCAGAACACUAUUAUCUGUUGGCAUUUUAUCUCACGACAAACAUUAUUUCAUUCACGGGCUACUGUAACACUGUGAACAAUAAAUUAAAUUUCAUUACCUGCAUACUUCAAAUGAUGAAGAUACAUGUUGAUUUCCCCAGGAAAAAAUGUCUAAGGGUAAUUGUACAAGCUUCAUUUAGUUUGUUCAAUUUGCCUUUGGCAGAUAUUGUUGAUGCAGAUUUAAUAAAGCACAAGCGGAGAUCACCACUUUCCUCUAUGGUUUUUGGUACCAAUGCUUUAUUUACCAAGCCUGCCCAAUCUUUGGCUCCAAUGCUUGUGGUUACAAUACUAAAUCAAUUUGGAUAUGAGAACCUGAAUAAUGAAGUUGCUCGACCUGAUCUGAGUUUGUUUUUAGGUCUUCAUGAUGCCAUGUUCUAUUUGAUCUGUCUGGUUCCACUUUGCAUUGCAGUCAUACAAAUCCUGACGUGGACUCCCUUUUCAAUCCAGAAUAGUCAUAUGACAGCUGCGCACUAAAUAUGUAACUGUUGGCCAGUCAAUUUUCUGCUGAACUGUACCACAAAAGAGUUUGUAUGUUUUAAAUGUGAAAAAGCAAGAUCACAUUAAAUGGACUAUUAGGCCAAACACAGUCUGAGCCAUUUUGAUAAAGUUUCAUCCUUCAGUCUAUAUAGACUAUAAUGAAGAUCACAUUCAGCCUUAUUGCUGAGCCUGCACAGUUUUUUUCUAGUGUCAUUUACCUGUAAUGGCUUUAUCCUUAAUUACUAAAUAAAGUCUUUUCUGGUAUAUACUGGUCACUGUUAACUCAUUUUAAGAAUGGAUAUGGCAGAAAGGAGUCCCAACCCAGCACCUGGAAUUCAAGGGAACUGUAUUCUCUUAAGCUUACUGAAAGAUGGUGGAUUAAUUUUGCCAUACUGCUAAAAUGGCAGAUCUCUGAAGUUAAUCUGGAAGAGCCUGGUGGAUAUCCCUCAUGGAUAGCAGGGAGAUGAAGAGAAAAACAUAAACAGUAUCUAGCUGACCGAUAUCAAGACAAAUCUGACAGCUACCACAGGAAGAGCCAAGAGUAAUUAACUACGCUGUAAAAGUCUGCAUAAAGCUAAAGAAGAAAAAGAUUAAAAUGCUGUUCAAUGAAAUGUUGCUGGAUAUGGAAAAGCCCCGUAUGUCCUCACUGGCUUCCUGAAUAUCUGUGGUUGGUGGUAGGUAGAUCAGUUUUCUGGCUUUAAAUGGGAAAAUUAUUCUGAAGGUAUCAUAUUGUUAGUACUUCGUACCGAAUGUCAUUGUGGUAAGAAAAAUAUUAGCAUAUGGAUGUAGUAGUGUUCAGUUAGUUGGACAGAUCUAAGCACACAUAUUGAAUCUACCCACUUGGUAGUGUUACGUUGGCAAACUCAUUUGAUGUGCUGCCAGUUGAAGUUAAUUUCUGAUUAAUCAAGAUGAAAUUAGUUAAAUUCUGAUUAAUUCUUAUCAAAAUCUUUUCAGUUAAGCUUUUAAAUGAAUCCUGUGAUUUUUAUAAAUUAAAGGGUUUUUGACAAAAUUUCAGAAACCUCGAAUCCUCUCUUCAUUUCACAUAUGUUGUAUGAUAAUAUUAGCAUGUUUGUAGUACUCCUGUUUAAUAGUCUUUUUCCUCCAGUAUAUCCAGUGUGUAAUUGUGUAAUUGCUUAAGUAUAAUAUAAUCACUUCAUUUUUAUUCUUUGUUUUGCCUGGACAAACAUAAUUUUAGAAGCACCUCUCUUACAGGGUGCCAGUCACUUGGAAGUACAAGAAGAUGCAUUGUAGGUAUCCUGAUACUAAGGCUUUACAUGUACUGUGAGAGGUAACUUGGAAAAGAAAGGAGUGUAAGAAGUUGCCUUGCAUUUUGCAUUUAAUGAAGAGGUUUGAGAUUUGAAAUACCAGUGUUGAAAAACAUAGGUUUUUUGUGCCUCAGUUUUUACAUUUGCAGAGCAGAAACAUUGUUUCCUUGCUUUUUUGAAGGGCAAAGUGCUUUCAAAGUGAUGAGUGAAAAAGUAGGAUAGUAUUGUUAAAUAUUUAGAAAUCCAAAUGAGCUCUUUGAUAGGAAUAUGAAGAUUUAUGUUAAAAUGUAAGAAGCCAGAAGUGUGAUGAAGUUUUAAGCUGCAUUAUCUGUUUUUUAUCUCUGUCUUGUCAGAGAUACCAUUAUUCAUUUGCACUGUACAUGCUAACAGCAUUAUGUACACAUACUAGUGUCACUUGUAUUUACAUACCCAAAGAAAUAUUUACACAAAUACCAGAGCAGAUACGGACUGUGUGUUUAGAUUCUGAAUUUUAAAAGACUUACUGCAUUGUAUGUAUGAAAGGCAGAAGGAGCAAAAGCCAAAGGACAAAAAUCUGAAGAAAUUUAAGUUAAUGUGAUCUUUGGUUCAUUAUAUGAAACAGUCUUCUCCUUGACAAUUCCUUUAAAAUGGUAAUAAAUAAAAUAAUUUUCUUUUUCUUUA